AGGUAAUGGGGCAGCCGCGCUUUUCAUCUUCCGGCUUCCUCCCUCCUCCCCCUCCUGUUCCUGGCUCACCGUGGACGUCCACCCUCAGCCCUAGUUCUAGCAUCGAACCGUUGCGAGAGGGUCAGCAUCAAGGGAGUGAACAGUUAGGAGCCUUAAGGAUGCAAGUUAAAUACUUCUCCAAGGCCUGUGAUUUGAGUGCCUUAGGCUUGAAAGAUGACGACAGUGGAGACCAUGAUCAGAAUGAAGAAAACAGCACACAGAAAGAUGGUGAGAAGGAAAAAACGGAACGUGACAAGAGUCAGAGCAGCAGCAAGCGUAAGGCUGUUGUCCCUGGACCAGCAGAACAUCCCCUGCAGUACAACUAUACGUUUUGGUACUCUAGAAGGACCCCAGGCCGUCCCACCAGCUCACAGAGCUAUGAGCAGAACAUCAAGCAGAUUGGCACUUUCGCCUCUGUGGAGCAGUUCUGGAGGUUUUAUAGCCACAUGGUACGUCCUGGGGACCUGACUGGACACAGUGACUUCCAUCUCUUCAAGGAAGGAAUUAAGCCUAUGUGGGAGGAUGAUGCAAAUAAAAAUGGUGGCAAGUGGAUCAUUCGAUUGCGAAAGGGCUUAGCUUCCCGUUGCUGGGAGAAUCUCAUCCUGGCCAUGCUGGGGGAGCAGUUCAUGGUGGGGGAGGAGAUCUGCGGAGCUGUGGUCUCUGUGCGUUUUCAGGAGGACAUUAUUUCUAUAUGGAAUAAGACUGCCAGCGACCAAGCAACCACAGCCCGAAUCCGGGAUACUCUUCGGCGCGUGCUUAACCUACCUCCCAACACCAUUAUGGAAUACAAAACUCACACCGACAGCAUCAAGGCCUGGGAGGAGUUUCAUGGCCUGGUGAACAGCAGCGGCCGCUGAUCGGACGCUCCCCCUCUGUCUCUCACACUCAGGGGACAAUUCAAGCUUUCGAAAUACAAAAAUCACAUUGUGAAAGUACACAAGCUGGCAAUAAUCCUUUUCUAUUUGUGUGUUUGUCUGAUGGAUGGGAGGCUCGGGCAGUCCUUCUGUCUGCUCACUGAAGGGGCGUACCUGAGCAGUGUGCUCUCCUUCUGCAGUCGUUCCUGGAAGAUGGAUUCCACUAGACACCCUCCAGCAUUGCUGACUUUAUAAAGCAGAAAGAUGGGGGAAAUGUGACUUUGUAAUAGACAAACUUUUUUAAUGGGGUUCUGUGGGGGGAGUGCAGCCUUUCAUCUUGCUGUGUGCAAUCCAGAUGCCCCUUGGCAUCCUGUUGUACUCUUCUGUUGUGCAAAGGACUUGGUGACCACAUGUAUGCACCCUGUGCUGGUGUUGGGGCUGAGCAUUAUCAGUAUUAUGAAUGUCUUCACUUCCAGGAACAGCCUCUGUCUGCUGAGAGUUGCAGGGGAACCGAGUGCCUCUUCCAGCUCUGCUGUUAAGUUAUUGUUACCUCUCCCCGAACCUACCACUCUGAAAAUGUGUUAUAAUGUCA